UCUUGUCAUAAGGGAAAAGAUGGCGUCGGUAUCAGAAAUGUACGAUGUGGGAUGGGAAGAGAUGAGAGACAAGCUACGCAAAUGGAGAGAGGAUACCUGCAGAAAUAGUGAACAAAUAGUGGAUGUUGGUGAAGAGCUCAUCAGUGAGCAUGCAUCAAAACUGGGGGAUGACAUAUGGAUUAUUUAUGAGCAGGUGAUGAUCGCAGCGCUGGACUGCAGUCGGGAUGACUUGGCUCUGAUCUGUCUACAGGAACUGAGGAAGCAGUUUCCAGAUAGCCACAGAGUGAAGCGAUUAACGGGCAUGAGGUUGGAAGCUUUGGAAAGGUACGACGAGGCCAACAAGCACUAUGAUGCCAUUCUCCAAGAUGACCCCACCAAUACGGCAGCAAGAAAGCGCAAGAUCUCCAUACUGAAGGCCCAGGGGAAGAGCACUGAAGCCAUCCGGGAGCUCAAUGAGUAUCUGGAGCAAUUUGUUGGAGAUCAGGAAGCGUGGCACGAAUUAUCAGAGCUGUACAUCAACGAACAUGACUAUGGAAAAGCUGCGUUUUGUCUGGAGGAGCUGAUGAUGACCAAUCCUCACAAUCACUUGUACUGUGAGCAGUACGCUGAGGUGAAGUACACUCAGGGGGGGCUGGAAAACCUGGAGCUGUCCAGAAAAUAUUUUGCCCAGGCGCUGAGGCUGAACAACAGAAACAUGAGGGCGUUGUUUGGUCUGUACAUGUCUGCAAGUCACAUCGCUGCCAGUCCUAAAGUUAGUGCCAAGGUGAAGAAGGACAAUAUGAAGUAUGCUGCUUGGGCUGCCACUCAAAUAAAUAGAGCCUAUAAGCUGGCCGGUCGUGGAACCAAGGAGAACAAAUGUUCCAUAAAGGCAGUGGAAGAGAUGCUGGAGUCCAUGCAGAUUACUAUGUCCUAGAUGCUCUUGUCCACACCUUUCUUCUCCCCAACGUUCACUUGGAGCAACAUGGCAGCUCAAUUAGCCUUGCAUUGUGACCAGAGCUGGGUCUUUAAGUGAUUCUUUUUUUAAAAAAAGUUUUCUUCUGUAAUUGAUUUAAUUUCACAUGGAUAAUGGAAUCCGUUUGUUACCCUUAAAUGCAAAGAUCUUCCACCCACCCGGACCCUCUAACAGCAAAAUCCACAUACGUCAUGUUAUUUAGAACAAGUUCUACGUAGUGUUAACCCAGCUGUACUACCCCUCAGACUGGACUGUACUAUCUCUCCCCAUCCCAGGUUCUUUUAAGUGUAGUUUGAGCUGAUAUCACUACCACAUCAACGCUGUGACCAGUGUGACCAGGAAAGCUAACAAGCUGUACAGUAAAUGCUAUUUAUAAAGACAUUGUGGAGAGCCCACCUGUUUGCACUGACUUCUUCUACUGUCUGUUUCUGUGCUAACUGUAAAUGAAACUAAUAAACUAACUUUUUUCUUUUGUCAAA